AAAAUGAUUGCUCCCCGGUCACUUUUUUUCAAUCCAGCCAAAACCAACUGCAAGCAAUUGGAGUCGAGAAACCACCAAGCAGCUCCGAGCCGCCACAACCGACGGGCAUACGUCGCCGACAAGACCCGCCCGCGACCCGUUCACGUACCUUUGCGCCCUCCACGGCUCGACCCGGCUGCGUCAUUGUGGUAGCGACGGCAUUAUCGGCACCGUGACGCCCCGCCCGACCAAGGAGAUAUCGCUAUAUCGCUCCCUCGCGUCCUCGCGGCCGCAGGGGUUCACCAUGAUGAAGGCAGUCACUCGAACCAGGCAAUGGCAACGAUGGGUCUGCUCGAGCUGCUUGUCUCAACGCGCGGUACCCGCCCUCCAACGGCGCCGGUUCAGCAACUCUCCCAAGUCGGCCGCCGUCGAGAUCGAGCCCAUCAUUCCCGCCAGUCAUGCGCCGCCGCUGUACCGUGACGAGGACAACACAUUGCGCUCUGUUUUCGAUUACCCCCGCUUCUGGCGGGAAUUCUCCAGUCAUCCUGGCGGCGUGAGCGUCGGCCUCUUCCGGAAUGCGUACCUUAAGGAGCCCCGCGGCUUUCUCACCUUCGCCCGCGUGAGCUUAAGGAAGGCCCGGGCCGUCGUCUCCAAGGUGCUGGCCGCAUCGUCUGUCCAGGAGUACCGCGCCAUCGUCCGCGACCUCGACCGCCUGAGCGACAUCCUCUGCCGCGUGCUCGACAUGGCCGACUUCGUGCGCGUCACCCACCCCGAUCGUAACAUGCAGCGGAUGGCGAGCAUGGCCUGGGAUAUGGUGUAUCAGUACAUGAACGAGCUCAACACCAUGACGGGUCUGCAUGACCAACUGGCCGCCGCCAUGGCCAACCCCGAUGUCACGGCCGUCUGGUCCGAGGAGGAGAAGACGGUGGCCGAAGUGUUGAAGCUGGAUUUCACCAAGUCGGCCGUCAACCUGCCCAAGAAGUACCGCGAUCGCUUUGUCGAGCUCUCGUCCGAGAUCAGCGCGGUCGGGUCCGCCUUUGUGCAGGAGAUGGCGCCGGAUCAGGACCUCAUCGUCCUCCCCAGCAGCGACCUGCGCGGUAUGGAUCCGCUCCAGGCGCGGGAGCUGACCCGGGGCGGCAAGGUACACCUUCCCACGAUGAGCGGGCAAGCCGCACUGGCGCUGCGGACCGUCCACGACGCGGACGCGCGGAAGCUCAUCUACUACGCCUCUCGCACCGCGUCCCGUCGAUCCGUCGAACUGCUCGAGCACCUGAUGAGACUGCGGGCCGAGCUGGCCACGCUUUCGGGCUUUGAGAGCUACGGCCACCUGGCCCUGCGCGACCGCAUGAUGGCCAGGAGCCCGGAGGCCGUCGACAAGUUCCUCCGCGCGCUGGCCGAGAACAACAGGCCCAAGGCGAUGCAAGAAAUGGCCGAGCUCCUGGCCGAGAAGCGAAAGGCUUACCCGGCCGUCAAGCGACUCGACCCCUGGGACAAGGACUACUACUCCGACCUAAUCCGUCGGCCACUGCGGCUGACCGGACGCCAGGGCGACCUCCUCUCGCCCUACUUCUCCCUCGGCGUCGUGAUGCAGGGCCUGUCGAGGCUUUUUACCGACCUGUACGGCAUCCGGCUCGUUCCCAAGCAGCCCGUGGUCGGAGAGACGUGGCAUCCCGACGUGCGGCGCCUCGACGUCAUGUCGGACACGGAAGGCCAUGUUGCCGUCCUCUACUGCGACCUCUUCUACCGCCCGGACAAGUCGCCAAACCCGGCGCACUUCACCGUCCGGUGCUCGCGCGAGAUAUCCGAGGCCGAGAUGGCCGAGGUCUGGCAGCAGAGCAAGCAGGACCCCGACGUACCCCCGUUUGCGAGCCCGGAGUACGCCGCCAACGACGGCAUGACCUUUUCGAGACAGCCCAACAAGACCAUCAAACAACUGCCCACCAUCGCCCUCGUCUGCGACUUCCCGCACCCGUCCGGGCACGGCGAACAGCAGCCCGCCCUGCUGAGCUUCUUCCAGGUCGAGACCCUCUUUCACGAGAUGGGCCACGCGAUCCACUCGGUCCUGGCGCGCACCUCGUUCCAGACCGUGUCGGGCACGCGGUGCGCGACGGACCUCGCCGAGCUACCGUCCACCCUCAUGGAGUACUUCGCCGCCGACGCGUCGGUGCUCGGGCAGUUCGCGCGCCACUACGAGAGCAACGACCCGCUCCCCUACCGCAUGGUGGCGCAAAAGGUGCGCCAGGCCCGCCGCUUCGAGGCCUCCGACACGGAGAACCAGAUCAUCCUCGCCAUGCUCGAUCAGGCCCUGCACUCGCCGCGCGCCGCCCAGCCCGACUUCGACUCGACCGAGAUCUUCCACGGCCUGCAGCGGACGUACGGCAGCGCCCCUCCGGACCCGCCGGGCACCCGCUGGCAGGGUUUCUUCGGCCACCUGUCGGGCUACGGGAGCACCUACUACAGCUACCUGUUCGACCGCGUACUGGCCCAGCGCGUGUGGGAGGUGGUGUUCAAGUCGGGCGACCGCGGCGCCGCGCUCAGGAGGGAGAAUGGCGAGCGGCUCAAGGAGAGCCUGCUCAAGUGGGGCGGCAGCCGUGAUCCGUGGAAGUGUCUGGCCGAGGUGCUCGGGGAUGAGAGGCUUGCGGAGGGCGGGGAGGAGGCGAUGGCGCUCGUCGGGAGUUGGGGAUCUACGAGGCAGAAUUAAAAAGAGAGGGGCUAAUAGAUGUUAGGAGUUACUCCGUAGUACAUAACACAUACAGUCUAUAAUGGACUAGGGUGCAUAGCUCACGGUAUGACCGAAUGGGGCAAGGGGGGCCAUUUGUAAUUCUAGUUCCAUGUUCCAUAUAUAUAGACUAUGUAUAUUAACAAUAUAAA